AGAUAAUUGCUGCUAGUAUAAGGAAAGAUGGAAAAUGUAGGAGGAUGAAGACCGUGUUGGAGGUGGACACCAAGAUAAACAUGAAGAUGAGGUAAUUUCAGCUUCAAUGAGAGAACAAUUGCAAAGUAUGCAGGAGCUACAACCAUGUAUUUUGUAUCCAAGAAAUUGAAGAAAAAAUAUAACAUCACUGAUGAGCGUGCAGCAUUAUAUGAAGCGGCAGAAACAUGGGUUGAUGCUUUGAAUGGCCGAGACUUUCUAGAGAUUAAGAAGAUGUGGAAGAAUCCUUUGAAAAGCUCCAAGAGUUCUUUGAAUGAGGCAAGGACUUCAAGCACAUAUGAUAAUGAAGAGCCACUGGCUUCCAUUGCCAGAAGUAUUUCCAUGAGAACAUGGAUGAGCAAGCAAAAACAGCUAGCAGAAGACAUUCUGAGGUAUGGGGACAUAAAAAUUGCAGCAGAAGUGUUCACAUUUCGCGAGCUAGCCAAUGUGACAAACAACUUCAAUCUGGAGCUGUUAGUGGGGGAAGGGGGAAAGAUUAAGGUGAUAUAGGAGUCAAAACAUACGGAGACUAGUGAUAGCAAGAUGGGGGCUCUCUCUUCAUUUUUUUCUCUCUUCUUUGUAAAACAUUGGCUAUGAAUAAUUUUGAUGUAUUUGUGUUGUAAAA